AUGGAGAAGCAACAUUGGAUCCCAUCGCCUGCAGCAAACCCAAAGACACCAGCCAAGCAAGAAUCACAGCUAUGUUCGGUUUGCCCAUACAUCAAGAAACCAGCUAUGGGUCAUCCGCUUUACACCGUGGUUGCUCUGUCCACUCUCUGCUUCGUGAUGCUGGUGACCUGCAUAGCACUCGCCAUGUUGUAUAACGAUGAAUCAGAAAACAAGCCAGAGUGGAAGAGUCUUCUCUUUGACUACCAGAACAUCAGCCAGCAUUACCUCACCGCUACUGAGGAGAACGAUAAACUGGAAAGAGACAACCAGAACUUGAAGCAACGCCAUGCCCGGCUUGUUGAGGAGACCAAAGUCCUUAACAGAAGCUUGAACAAUCUCACCUCCAUUAACCACGCAAUGAUUUUGGAGAGCAACCAGUUGCAUGUUGAAAUCACAAAUCUGACCUCUGUAAACUUACAGCUCACACAAGACAACGACCAGCUGGUCCAGUACAGCAAUGAGCUGGAGGAAAAGGAAUGGAACAUGUCCCAAUCUGUUGCCAGGCUAAUAAAGUCCUAUGUGCAGAUAGAAGAGGAGAGAGACAACCUCUCUGCAGCAAACACCCUUUUGAAGUAUGAGCUGUUUCAAGCCAAAGAGCAAAACCAAGACCUCCUGGAAAGACAUUCCCAGUUUCAAGGAGAAAUCCAGAAUCUGACUGAGAGGAUUGAAAGAGACUGUUUCCUGUGGGAUGACUGUGAGGAAGUAUUACAAAACAAUACGCAUAUCCAAGGGAUGGUCGAGGAGUUCCAAGAGCGAAACAAGAACCUGACCACCCUGCUUGACAGAGAGAGGAAGGAUGCAGCUGAGAAAAAGAGAAGCAGACAGGAAGAGAUGGACAGGAUGUUGGCGGAAAUGCGUUCGAUGAACGAGGCCUUUCGCUCUCUAGACCUCUACUGCCCCGUGGUUAACCAGAAGACGAAUGAGAGGAUUUGCAAAAGAUGUCAUGGGAGCUGGAAACUGUUCCAGAACAGGUGUUACUACUUCUCCUCUCGCACGCUCACCUGGAAGGCCAGCAGAGCCUGGUGUCAGACACAGGGUGGCGACCUGCUCAUCAUUAACACCAAGCAAGAACAGAGUUUUAUUUUUGCCACCGGCAAGGCCCUGGACCAGGCAAACACCAGGAUUUGGAUUGGCAUGACAGAUGCAGAGAAAGAGGGAGACUGGCACUGGGUCGAUAGCAGCCCGGUCACUUCAGAGCUUGGAUUCUGGCUGAACAGACCUGGAAAAGGAACUGAGCCUGAUGACUGGAAGCUGGACAACCCUAAAGGAGAGGACUGUGGACAUAUAGACACAAGUGAAAGAGAACACAGUUCCUGGAUGGAUGGCUCUUGUGAUGUCUCCUACAGAUGGAUUUGUGAAAAGAGCUCUUGAUAUAGCACCAAAAAACGAAUUUUUUGUUUUAUUUUAUAAAUCCAUCCACUCCAUCCAUUAUCCAAGCCGCUUAUCCUACUCAGGGUCGCGGGAUGCUGGAGCCUUUACCAGCAGUCAUUGGGCGGCAGGCGGAGAGACACCCGGCAAAACAAAUUGACGUGUUUAAUGUUGCUAAUUACAAAAGGGGUUUUCUACAAAUCACAUGUAUGCAAUUGCAGUACAUUAUUCAAACCAGUUUAAUAAGGGCAACACAUUUUUUAUUUUAUGUUAUUUUUUAUUACAAAGGCAAUACAUAAUCUUUAUAGUUUUGUUCAUGUUUAAACACUCAUAUGUAAUCCCAGCCGGUGGGAACCAGCCAGUUGGAGGUGAAGUGGAUGUGGCUGAACAAACAAUAGCAGAGCCAUUGCAUUAUGCAACACAGAUGGGUUGGUUCCUCUUCAGCUCAAAGGACAGAUGGACUUCCCUUUGAGCUGUACAGACUUUGACCGAUGUUUGGUGAACUUGUGGUUGUGACCAACCAGGUGAAAGGUUAGUAUGCAUUUCCCAUCUGAAUGUAAUAUACCCAUAUGAGGUCGUGUAUUGACAAUAAAUGUGAUGUUGACUUACAUAUUUUAUGCUAUAAUUAAACACUUUCUUGUCUUGUUAAUGUCUUCAUAUUUGUGGUUUCAAUAUCCAAUGUCCUAUUGAAGCAGAAAAAAAAUCUACCGUAAUUAGUUCAGGUAGUAUUUUCCUCUUUUUUCACAAUGUAUAAAUCUGAGCAAUCACAAUUGAUUUUAAUUCAAAUUUUCAUAUUGAUAAAUUUACAAAGCAUUACAUUACAUUACAGUCAUUUAGCUGACACUUUUAUCCAAAGCGACUUACAAUAAGUGCAUUUAAUGUAAGAAAUCAGGAGAACUAGUAGUCAUCAGAGGUCUAAACAAGCAUCUAAGAGCAAAACCAGUGCUAAAGUAAAAGUGUAAGAAAGAUUUUUUUUUUGCUAAGAACAAGUAACAGGGUAGCAGUUCUUAAAAAGGUGAGUUUUCAACCUGCCUUCCUAUGAGGAUAUCAAGUCUAAUAUGUAUAUAAAUAUAGUCAGGGGCGCCAACAGGGGGGGACAAAGGGGACAGUUAUCCCCGGGCCUCAGAUCGGGGGGCAUCAAACUGACCCCUAACCUUAAAAUAAUCUGCUGGAAUAUUUUGUCAAAAAUAAAUAUCCAUGAAGAUUUAACUAAGUGUUUCUCAGUAACAAAAAAGCUUAUUAUUCUAUUAUUGCUUAUUUUCCUUGACAUAGAGGUCAGAACAGAUUCAUAUGUAGCCUACAUGAGAUGAUUUAUAGUGCACGGCGGGGGGCCUCGCGAGAUCAUCUAGUCCCGGGCCUCGGCUAGGCUGACGGCG